UUCUCGUUUCCACCAUCAUCGUCUCUAUCUCUUUCUGUCUCACACACUGUAUUAUUAUGUAUAGCUUGUAGUUUGCGAUUCUGACCACAGCGCAGCAGUUUCGGUCGAACCGUGCUAGGUGAAACUAACGCCCUCAAGGAGCAAACGGAAAAAGUGAAGUGCGCUGCUGAUGAACACUUUUUAGCUAGGCUAGUGAAACAAGAGCUUCAAUUUUCCUAAUUUAUUGAAAUGGAUGUCAAGGUGAAAACAGAAGGGACCGAAAUCCAGUCGUAUCUGGAAUCGUUCAACAAAGAGAUCGACGAAGGCGAAAAAGACGGAAAUCCAGUAGAAGAGGACGAUGAACAAGAAGACGAUGAUGAGGAUGGCGGGUGCUACUUUGUGGAUCAGAGUGGUAAUUACUAUUACCAGGCAAGUAAGGACUCGGAACCGGUUCUCACGACGGCGCCACCCGAUGCAGAAAUAGAAGAAGAAGAAGAGGACGCAACUACGGUUACAAUAGAAUCUACCAAAGUAGAGCCCAAAACAGAGGAUGUAAGUUAUGUUCUUAUCAUGCAACCAACCGAUGGUAAGGAUGAAGAUGAAACAGGCGCUGUGGAUGAAGAGGAAAAUGUGUAUGAUUUCGAUGAUGCAGAGUUUGGUACAGCAGAACAGAAACCUAAUGUCAGCAAAGGUAAAACCCAAAGUUCCAAAGGUGUGACGCACAUGUGCAACUAUUGUAAUUAUACGACUAACAAGCGUUUUCUGUUGGCACGUCACAUGAAAUCUCAUUCGGAGGAUCGUCCUCACAAAUGUUCAGUUUGCGAGCGUGGCUUCAAAACACUUGCUUCACUGCAAAACCAUGUCAAUACACACACUGGCACGAAACCGCACCACUGUAAGCAUUGCGAAAGCAGUUUCACUACUUCCGGUGAGCUGGUACGCCAUGUGCGUUAUCGUCAUACUCACGAGAAACCACAUAAAUGUCCCGAAUGUGACUACGCAAGCGUUGAGUUGAGCAAACUAAAGCGUCAUAUUCGAUGCCAUACGGGCGAGCGUCCGUACCAGUGUCCUCAUUGCACCUAUGCUUCACCGGAUACGUUUAAACUGAAGCGGCAUCUACGUAUUCACACCGGGGAGAAACCGUACGAGUGUGAUGUUUGUCAUGCUCGGUUCACUCAAUCGAACUCGUUAAAAGCCCACAAGAUGAUCCAUCAAGUUGGCGACAAACCGGUAUAUCAUUGCGAACUAUGUCCAACAACGUGCGGUCGUAAAACGGAUCUGCGCAUCCAUGUGCAGAAGCUUCACACUCCACUUGACAAACCGAUGCGUUGUCGGCGCUGCAACAACGUCUACCAAGAUCGCUAUUCGUAUAAAAUGCACACCAAAACUCACGAAGGCGAAAAAUGCUAUAAGUGUGAUCUUUGCCCAUACGCUUCGAUUUCAGCACGACACCUCGAGUCGCAUUUGCUAGUUCAUACGGACCAAAAACCGUUCCAGUGUGAGAUGUGUGAGCAGUCGUUCCGACAGAAGCAGCUGCUUAGGCGCCAUGUCAACUUGUACCACAAUCCGGAUUACAUCAUUCCGGCACCGAAGGCUAAAACCCACAAGUGUCCGACAUGUCCACGAUCUUUCCGCCAUAAAGGUAAUUUGAUUCGGCACAUGGCUAUGCACGAUCCGGAUUCGUUGGCCCGAGAGGAACAGCAAGCGCUUAAAGAAGGUCGCCAGAAGCGGGUACGUAUACGUCUUGAGCAAGGUGAUGAAGGCGAGGAAACUGACGAGAAUGAUCAGGAUAUGAUGACCGUCGAGGGUGAUGACGGGCAGUACGUAGUUCUAGAGGUCAUACAGCUGCAGGAUGAUGAGGAACAGAAACCUACGACAAAAAAGAGCAAAACGGCAAAGAAUGUGGUAAAAGAGGAGGAAGAAGAGGAAGAAACGGAAGAAGAAACAGAGGAAAGUGAGCAGGAAAUGGAUUUGCCAGAAAACAACGAAGAGUUUAUUUUUAGCGAAACCGACGUGCUGAUGUCCUCUUUGCCACCACCAGCGAAGAAGGCAAGGUACACCGCUCUUAACAGUACCACUGCUAGCCGAGGGGUUGCCAUCGAAAAAGAUAUGUCGAACUGUUUUGGAUUUGAUGAAGAAGAAGAUGACAGCUCAGACGGCAAAGCAACAAUCACCAUAUUAAGCUAAGCAUUAACGAUUAACAUCAACCUAACUGGCAUGUUUUAGUUUUUCAAGUCGCAACCACGAGUAAAUUGAAAGUGGCAUGAACGACAAUAGCACGAAUGAGUAUAAGUUAACAUUUGUGCCAUUGUUGAAAAACAAUCUGGACAGAAGAAUAGUACGGUAUAAUAAUUACUCCGGGCUUACAUAUGUCCGAUCAUACUUAAAAAAUAUCGAAAAGGAGCAUUCAUUGUAGAUAGAGUUGCUAGAAAUUUUACACAAUGUGUGUAUAGCAUUCGACGUAUGUUUAUAAAAAUUUAGUUGAUCUAGUCUUAAAUUAUCAUUUUAAGCUGUUGUAAAGUGUUCACAAUAAAGUGGAUGAUCUGAAUUAA